GCUCACACGCACGUCGCACACCACACGUCGUCGUCGUCGUCGCAGUCGUUUAACACAACGUUCAGUCGCUCGUUUACCGUUGUCGCGUCCGUUGCGCCCCUCGUGGCCACUGCGAAAUCUACCCGUUCAUCCGCCAAUGUUCAUAUUAUAAUAAAAUAAUAAUAAUAUAUAAACAAUAAUUGAUAUCGUACGUCGUCCAGUUUGAUAAACGCGCGCGGUUCAGAGUAUAGUAUUUUACAAAAUCGAUUUUUUUAAAAAAAAUUUUCUUUUGAGAUCGUCCAAUUUAUUAGUGCCGAUCAGAGUACCUCUUACUAUACGAGACCUGCAGAAAUCCGAUUAAAACAAAACAAAUCGCCGAGCACACUUCUCUUCCAAGCCGCACAAUCAAUUUCGAAAUGGUUUCGACCCGACUGAUGGCAAUGGCCCUCGUGGUCGUCUGCUGCUGUUCGUUGACCGCCUCUGAACAAAACUGGAAGUGGUACAAGCCGUACACGUGGAUGAGUUCACCCAAGUCUUCGUACUCGUCGUCACACCCGACCAUCUACAGCAAACCGCUACCGCGACCGUACAUAUCGUCUGGUCACGACAAACAGCGAGACCGGUGUGAGCUGCGCAAAGUGGUGUUCACCCAAGACGCCGAUUCGCCGCAGUACAUCGUCUACAAGACAAAAAUCCCGGACUUGAAAGAAUUCACCCUGUGCCACUGGCACAACAUCUUCAACUACACGCACGACCAGCCCAUAUUCUCGUACUCGCAUCCCGGUAAGCCUCGUGUCAUAUAUUCGUGGAUCGAGAACAAGCCCGACAAAACGUACUACUCGUUGGCCAUCAACGGACACACCAUUUACAGGAUUAAUUACCCGGAGAAGUUGUUCAAAUGGUACCAUGUGUGCCAGUCGUGGAACGGUCACACGGGCGAGUGGCAGCUGUGGAUCAAUUCCGAGAGAGUGGGCAGAGGAUUCUACAACUUGAUGGCCGGUAAGAAGAUCAAGGGUGGUGGCGUGGCCAUCAGCGGACGGGAAUACCUGGACCAGGCGUUGGCCGUCCACUACCCGGCGUUCUCGGGAGAACUUACUCUGGUGUCUCUGUACAAGGCUGCGCUGACCGCGGGCAAGGCAUACAACGAUCACAAGCAUCAUCACGUGCACAACUUCCAUCAUGGAUACGAUGAAUCGGUGGACGAGGCUGACACCGAGGCGCCACCAACUCUGCCUCCCAACCCAGAGGCUACGCGGCCACCACAUCUGGCGCACGGUGGAGCCUUUGCCAACGGUCAACGCGUUCCCGGAGUUCCGAUACCGACCCCCGCCGCCCCGGAGCAACAGCAACCACCUCUGAAUCUUCCACAACUGCCACCGUCCCCGCAACUUCCGCUGUUCGACGGCGGCCUGUACGACUUUUACGAUGCACCGCAUGCCGACGAGACGUUCCGUGUCAACCUGUUGGACAAGCGCGACGACAACCGCCGCCACAGCACGGUCCGUUUCAAGCGCAGUUGGAUUCCACUGUUCCGGCAGCCGAUGUCCGACGUCACUCCCGUCACCGACGUCACUGCCCCCCGGAACGCCCGGUCCAACGUCGGUGAUCCGCAUGACCGGAAACGCGAACCGGCUGAGUGGGAGGUGAUGAAAGUAGCCAGCGUGUGCUCGGCCUGCGUGACGGAUCCGUUCGGCGCAGCUUCUGUCCUGUCCUGGCACGAGACCCGCAAACAGUUCUACAACGGCGCCCUGUACUUGCCCGCUCUGCCGAAGUGCUAUUUGUUCUGAUGAGAUUGCGUGCCCCACACCGAUUCGCCUCCAACUCUACCACCAAUCUUCCGGACUAGCCGCCCACCGCUGACGCGAUAUCGCCAUACCCACUUUAUUAUAAAGCACGAUGGCGGUGGAUGGUCAAGUCACUGUACAUACUUAUACAUAUAAUAUUAUUAUUAUUAUUAAUUGAGCGUAGAACUUUAUAGUAUUAUUAUUUAAUUUUAAUCUUAUACAUUAGUACUAUAUGCACAUAAUAUUGUUUCAAGAUAAGACGUCGGGUGUCACGGCCGUGAUGCAAUCCAUACACUGGACUUUAUGCGAUUUGAAAGUCUUGCUAAAACUAAAAAUCUAUUGAUGCAAUAUUUUUGAUGUCAGUUUUUUUGCCAAAAGAAAUGUUCUCUGGUCACUCCAGGGAGACGGUUUUUGAAAUCGUAACGUAAAAAACCAUUCCGAGAGCGAAAUCGAGUGUAGCAAACGGUCAGCCCGGCUGUAUAGUAUAAGACUAGUUAUUUAUUUAUAAACUGUAUUCUACAGUACUGUACGGCAAUCGUACAACAAAACAGUAUUAAAAAAAAUAUAUAUUAAAAACAUUAAUUAUUACAGACAACGCAUAAUCACCGCUUUACUAUUGCAUUUUCACCCUAAUCGCCGGCCACUUGAACGCGAAGGUUGUAACUACUCCGUAUAUUCCCAACAAUAAUAAUAUUGUUGUUAUUAAAAAAAAAAUUGUUCCACCAAUAAUUUUGUAAUCCUGGCGCUUGUUUUUUAUUUGUCUCACACGAGUAGAUACAAAAUCAAAUUUAGUGUCUAGAACACUUUACCAGGUUUCAGCCGAAUGGGAGGAUAAAAGGAUCGGAUAUUUGAUCCCGAAAUUUCAUUAUUUCCGUUUACAACAAAACACAUUUACAGAAAAAAACAUCUAUGGCUUAUUUUUAAUUACAUUUUGAAGAGUAGUUUGUUUUUGUGAAAUCAACAUACAUAAUACUGUUGUAAUUCGUUAUUUCGACAGGACACUUGAUAUUCAGUAGAACUCAUUUCAGAUAUAAAAGAAAAAUAUAAACUCAAAAAUUCCACAAAUUGAGAGGAAAAAUAGGGGUGAGCACAUUUGGUGUAUCACCCUGUAUCUAUACACUAUACAGGUUCAUAGGUUGAACACAUUGGUAUUUUGGGUUCUGUGCGUGUACCUUUUUUCUUUUUAUAAAAUGACGUGCCAUGCGCCAUAAAAUUCGGUCUGUAGUCAAUCAAAGGCUUUGAUCGAACUUUAGGGAUCGCUCUAUUCAUCCAUAUCAAUUGAACGCGAAGGCCAUAUAAAUAAUUACAUCCGAUAAAUCUUCUUACCUAUUUGGUGCAACAUAUACAUUACAAUCGAUCGGAUUCCAGAUUA